UCGAUGUGAUCCGGGUUAUCGACAGUGUCACAAGCUCAUUCGUUUGUUUUCUUUUCAUGGCUGAUUUUUAGCUCCAAAUAUCCUAACCACUCAGUGGCAGUUAAACAAAUGAUACUCUACACGAUAUUCCAGUUUACGAUGAUCUUCGAGCUUCUCUUUUUUGUCCUGUGGGCAUUUCCAUCAUGGGUAAAUAAACCAUUAAAAGUUGCAUCAGAAACGAAGCAGAGCGAUCCAUCUUUCAUUAAACAUUCGGGUUCCUGUGACAUUCAAGGGCAAUGUGGUCUGUGCGACUUAACGAAAGAUGGUGGUACGAUCACGUUUUCAAAUUUCCCGAACGAAAUAGAUUCAGAUAUGAAUUGCCAAAUCACCAUUAAAGCGCCGUCACAUGCCAAGAUUGAACUGACAUUUGCGGAAUUUAAAGUGGAACAAUGCUGCGACCGUGUGACUGUAUCCGAUGGAGAAAGUGAACUAUUUGAAUUCCGCUUGACAAGACACAUCAUUCCGUACCCGAUCACGUCUUCCUCAGGCCGAAUGAAUGUCAAAUUCACGACCGACGUUAAUUAUACGACGGUGAUUCCAUCACCGGAGUUGGAAUCAGCUCGAUGGCAGGCCACGUUCAAGUUCCUUCGUAAUGAAACAGUCGUUACUGACAGCCAACUAGACAAGAUUAAUAAUCAGACUGAGACGCUGGAACCAGCUACUACAUUACCAACGAUUUAACGUAUGCCUAAGUCAAGACUUAAUUCGGUCCAAUUCGACAUGUUGUAGGCGCGUAAAAAGCCAGCGAUAUUACUAUGUUCCUUUAAAAAGAAAACAA